CUCAUCAGCAUGUUAGUGGUGAGACUUCUGUCAAAAAUCCAAACCCAAACUGAUCUGUACCCAACUGACGUCACACGCACGUCACAAGACCUGAUUCCAAAAGUUAUAGCUGCCUUCUGUGCAUGGUCAGGCUGCUCUGAGACCCAAGCUUAUCCCAAGAACCUGAAGAGUCACAAAGUAUACAGCACCGUCUACAAACAUCUGUUGAAGGAGUUUGGCUCAGAGAAAAUACUCCAACUGGCCGUGUCGACUCAGGACUCCACAUUCAAUAGGAUUCUUGUGAAGUCAUUGAGCAAGGAGCUUCUCCACAGUUGUAACGAGGCAUCAAGAGCAGCCUCAAGAACAUCUUUCGAAGCCACCAGGCCAGAAGCUCUUCUCAUGGCUGAAGAUGUGAAGGCUACCAGAGGGAAGCUGUCUUUCCUACAAAGGCUUGCCAGACUGAAAUUCGACUUAAAGCCAUUCAUGAUGGGAAACAAGAAGGAUUCCAAGAAGAAUUCCCGCCAUUCUGAAUCCAAAGACCAGACUACUGCUGAAGAUAUCAUAUUGGCACAUCCUGGACUCCCAGAGGGUCUUCCCUCCACCUCUCAACAGGAGAAGCCUCGCAAACGUCCCCUUCUAAUCAGGAUGUUUUCCACCAUCUCCAUAGGCCUAUCCAAGCCAUUCAAACGGUUUUCAAAGCAAGCUUAAUACAACAAUUUCCUUUAAUACAGUAAUAUUUGCAUUGAAUUGAUGGCCUUUGUCUUCUUUUGUGUUGCCCUGUUAACACAUUUGAUUAGAAAAUACAUAGUAUAUUUAGUUUAGUUUAUUAUGCAGUCAUAGUCACAGUGUAGGCUAAACAAAGUAAUGUUGUCCUGAAUAAUGUAUAGAACAUGCACCCCCCACCCACCAACACAGUCUGAUUCAUUGAACACACACACAUAGUACUUCAGAUAUGUCCCACAACCAACAUUCAACCAGAUAUCAAUGAUUCAGUGUAAAAUACAUGUACUGUAAAAUAAACCGUAUUUAAUUUACAACCAAUAAAAUAAUACAUGAUGCAGGACA